GUGGCCGUACAAGGCUGUUUCAUCAGCAGCCAUAUCGUUGCCGUUCGUUCAGCCAAAGUGCGCCAAAAUGACCAUGCACCUAAAGUACUUUUUUAUGAAUGCGUUUUUCUUCGUCAUCGCGGAAGCGCACCGCCGUGGAACAAUUAUGUUGCCUGGUUCCACCAGGCCGCCUGACUUCCCUAAAUGUAGCAACGUCGAUCGUGUUGUUGGAGGCUGUCGAGACAAAAUGGCUUCGUAUUUUCACAGACAUCGUCGUGGUAUUUCAGUGGAUAAUCCUGAGGAGUUCGAGAACUGUCUUUUGCACAGACAAGAGCUUACUCUUCGAGAAUAUGCAGCGUGGUGCGAGCACAGAUCUUCAGUGGCACGAAAAAUGGCUGUUUGCUUCCGUCACAUCAUUGACAAACAAAUGAGGUCAUUGUCCCAGUCAGUCUUGUCAAAGGGCAUUCAGAGAUUUCAGGAUUGCAUCUUAGGUAAACACGAAUCAACUGCGUCGAGCCCUGUGGUGAUAGAGGAGACGGAGAAUCAAUCGCAUGAGGAAGAAGAUUCUGUAGAAAGGUAUCGUCCCAAUGUGGUAGUAAUCGGAGAAGAUGAAAACGACUACGACAAUAGAGACAGAGAAAGUGAGUCAGAGGAACACGAGCCACUUUUGGUUGCAGAGGAACCGCAUCGUCGAGACACAAAGCGCAGGCGUAAGAAGGUUAAGCAACCGGACGAGACGCGUAAUAGGGGGACGUGGUCCUACCCCAUCCACGACCAGUCCUACUACUACCCGAGGCGUGAGAAAGGUUUGGGGAAUGAAACAUCCCCGUCACUGAAUGCGACAGUCGAAAUUCCACCAACGCCGAUAGAGAUGGCAAAGCCGAUGACAAAACCACCUCCAGCCACGACUCAGAAGUAAAUUACUGCCAGCGAUAUUGCCGUGAAGACUGCCAGAAGGUGCGACCUAACUACCAACAGCAGUUACGUCCGGCGUGUCAUGCUCAGCGUGGUUUGUUUCAACAAACAAGUGCUAAAUUGCCCACAGAUACAGUAUGAUGUUGCUCGUCCGUGGUAAUACUUUUUGUUAAAGAUACUAAAUAAAGUUUAUGUGAUAGAUCACGGAAAAA